AGCGUACCACAUGGAGUCGCUUUUUUGUUUAUUCUAUUCGAACACGUGUGACACUGCAGGACCGGCGAAAUACUUUAUGAACUCCGUUCACAUAUGUGCGAACCGCUGUUGCGAGCUGUGAGGGCGAUCAGAUCUGGUUUUGUUGUUGGCGGUCGGCCUAAUGCACUCGGCUAUUGAUUGAAUUACCAAUUGUUAAUUGGCCACGUAUGCAAAUAGCAGUUAAUUGUCGGUGACAUCGUAGAAGCAGCUUAAAGAAAAAAAUUGACUGCAGGCCAUGUUGAAGAUUUAUUGUUAAAAUGAACUCAGCAAAACGCACAAAGAGUUCUGGCCGUAAUGGUCUGAAGAGGGCUAAGACGUCGUCGAUACCGGACGUGCAGCUAAAUCCUUCGCUUGUAUUGGAUGAUCCGCUCACUGCCAAGAUUAGCCAGUGUUGUUCCGACGAUCGUGACAUGAAGGAUGGCGACAUUGAGGUGCUUACUGCGCCGUACAAGGUCGUAACAAUUGACAAAUUUCUCCAAGAUGCAUCGUUCAUCGAGGAACUGGCAGACGAACUCUUCGAUCUCGAGCUAAACGCAAAGAACAAUGACCUCUACAAAUUCCAUCAAAGUGGAGAUAUGUUUAACUGUGAUACACCUGCCAUACUUGGCCUCACAAUGGCGUUCCGUGAAAAGUUGCAGCCUUGGCUCAAGAAAGUUACCGGUAUCGAACUAAAUGGCGAAAUCAGUAUGUCCUAUUCAAAAUAUGCAUACACUGACGUCCUUCUGUGUCAUGAUGAUGAACUUGAAGGGAGAAGAAUAGCGUACAUUUAUUAUUUAGUAUCACCGACGUGGUGUGAGGCCGAUGGCGGAGCUUUGGAGCUUUUUGGCGUUGAUGCGAAGACGGGUGAACCAGCAUGCAUCGAAAAAUCGUUAUUGCCUAAGAGAAAUCGCCUUGUUUUCUUUGAGGUAAGCCCAGCAACGUUUCAUCAAGUAGGAGAAGUUGUAACAGAGGACAAAAUUCGACACUCAUUAGUCGGUUGGUUUAAUGGCCCGCCGUUCGAGCGCCCUCCGCACUACGAGGAACCUCCUCUUCCUGUCGUUCCUCAUGGUUUUGUAGACGAGAGAGUACUUCGAGCAUGGAUCAAUCCGCUAUACUUAUCCGAACAGCUGGAAGCUGAGGUGCAGCGACGAUUCUGUGACGACAGUCAAACGCAGCUCGACUUUUUCCUCGCCGAGGAUCGCUACCUGGCUGUGUGUGAGGCGUUUAACGAGUACAACGGCUGGGUUGAAACUGGCCCUGCUAAUCGACGUAAAGCAUACGUAAUGAAAGAGGACGUUAUGCCGGAGGUGGUGCGCGAAAUGAUGGCUGUACUGGGCUCGGAAGCCAUGUACCUGAUUCUUAGUAAUAUGACCGGUCUGCCUUUGCAUCCAAUGGGCAAGGUUGAGAGAGAAGAAGAUGACGACGAAGAAGAGGCUGAUCCUAAACAUCGGUUCAAAAUCCGCGAUUGGAGGCACGGCGCGUACACGCUGGUACAUGAUGACAUGCAGGACGUCUCGCGUUGUGUGCUUGAUCUCAGCCUUUUCUUCAACGCGGAUCAAUGGCGCGCAGAUUGUGGGGGAUUCACGUCGUAUAUUGCAGAUGAUGAGGAAUUGUUGACCGUUGUACCGAAAUCAAACUCACUGUCGAUGGUUUAUCGAGAGGACGGUGUACUCAAAUUUGUAAAACAUGUUAAUCAUCAAAUGGCUCAGGUCACUGAUCCUUCGAAACGACACUUCCAGGAUGUACAUCUCAAUUUCACUCAUUGAUUUCAACGAUUUGCUUUAAAGGAGUUGAAUUCAUCGCUGCUUAAAAAAGAAAGGAAAAGGACAGUGGAAAACCGAGUACGUCUAGUUGGUAGCUUAGUGACUAAUAUGUAAAGAGUGUCGCAGAUAUGUGGUCAUCAGCGAAAAUGUAACGAUGUGGCGUUGUGAUCCGUAUUAUUUUAGAAGUGUUGAAAAAAACAGACGGGAAUGGGGUUAAGGAUGUUAGAGAUUACAUAAAAUUGUCUGUAGUAUCCUCAACAACACAUCUUCAAUAUCAAUUUGGAGAAACAAAAUCGGAGUGAGGUGGGACUGAAUUGGAAGAACACCCACGAAAUAUAUGAAUGGAAUACCAAAGCCGAUGGGAAAUCGUUUACUAACGAUUUUUACGUGAUAUGGCCAAACAAAUGAACGAAUGUUAUCACAUAAAAAAGGUGUGCGAACGAAUUAAGUUAGUUGAAUAAAAAGCCAGAAUUUUAUGUUCAAAACUGUGGAAGACGGUAAACUGUGGAAGACAAAUGUGCCACGAUAACAUCAUGGUGCGAAUUACGGCGGUGGCGAUUUGGCCAAGUCGUAACCUGCAGUUAACUUUGUUAACAAGCGGGUAAUUUAAUACGAUGAUAUUAUGGUAUUUACAAGUUAAUGAAGGCGGUAGUCUAAGACAGUACAUGCAAAAUUGCUUUGCAACAUACAACUCUAUCCAAUGCCGAUUUACUAAAAGUUUACAGAAUACUAGUUUGACAACAACUAGUUCGUGCUGAGUACGAGUAAAUCGAACUAAUCAGCUAUUGAUCUGGUACGGGAAAUGAAAUUAAAAGUGAACAGGCGUUCAAGGUCGUCUUCUUGUGACAUCUAAAUGAGAUGACCAGGCAACAGAACUAUCUGAAUACAACAAUGAUGUUUUUAUACUAUAUUUGGGUGGAUCAGAUGGUCUGAGCCAUGUUGGAGUUAUUUAAAAAGCACAAUUUAAUAGACAUCUUAUAUUCCAUUACUAUAUUACUACAACACGACUGGACUUCUAUAACAUAUACGUGCGUGUGUGUAUGGCCCGCUACCUUUGGGCCAUAAGUUUUCAAUAUGAAGAGGUUAGUAGAUUAUAGUACAUGAAUCACAAACGAACAACAGUAAUUCAGUGGUAUAUAUAUAUAUAUAUAUAUAUAAUCCAAUGCUUCUUGGCGAUUAUUGCCGGCACGAAAAAUGACGAAAAAAAACUUUGUGAGAUCAACUCAUAAUACAUGUGGAGUUUCUAAGUAAAUCGCAAAUUAAGCAUUUCAGAGGUUCAAACGGGAGAUGAGAAUCUAUAACUAGGAUAAUCGUCGAACCGAUACUAUUCUUCUGAUAAUUUUCUCCGUCCCUCUUAAGCAUAUUCUAUGUGAUAACAUAAAUCAGUACAUCAAUUUUAAUUAACUACGAAAAAUGUGAUGACCAUGAGAUAGCUGCCAUUAAAACUGUUUAUCGUGACGGUUUUUUAGGGAAAAAUCAAGCCGACUUUAUAAUUAGGCGAUUAAACCACACU